AUGUUUUUGUGCAGUUUCAUAGCCAACGUGAUAUUCUGGCUACGAUUGACAAGUGCUCUGGACCUCAAUGGCGCUGGGAUUGGUGUGAAAGAGCAAGCGAAGGUAUGGUCGAUUCUGGGGUUCCUAAUACAAGGCGAGCAAAGAAGUAUCCUGGUAGAUCUUUAUCCAUUUGUUACAGGUCUGGAAGACUAUGAGAGUGACAUUGAGUGCGAAGACUGCGAUCUGCCCACGAUAGUAUCCGGAAUACUAUCAACAGAGUAUGGCAUGAAGGAUAUCGCCGCCUUGCUCCCCAUUUAUUCCAAUUUGUAUCCAAUGGGAAUGUUAAAGGAUGACCAUGAUACAUCGAAUGAGAGCCGUUUUGUGUUGAAUGGAAAGCAGUAUGUGAAAUCAGAUGAUGUGUUCUAUCUAAAAUCCAAAGAAUUGCAGAAACAAGCUGAAUUUAGCGAUCUUGAAGUAACGCAGCCAAACGAAGUUAUAAUCGGUAACAACAAGGAAGCACCGAUCGUUAUUCUUUAUGGCUGUCCCGAUGAAGCCGGUGAAUUCGAGGAGUUUAACCGUAACUUGUACAACGAGGCUACGACAUCUGGCAAACUGAGGUAUAUAUGGCGUUCGAGUUGCCCUUUGGAGAGAUCUCAUAUUACUGGAGUGCCAGUUAGUUUUACUUUGAGAAAUCAAAGCUCUCCAGCAGCUUUACCAAUUGAAUCGCUCGAUGUGCCCGAAGAAUUUACUAAUAGAUUACCAAGCUUCGAAACUCCCACAGCUGAAGAGUUGAGUGGUAUUGAUCUUAAAGUUGCAAAACUUGUGGCUGAUCAUUAUUUCAAGUAUAGGGAUUUCCACUCUACUCUAAGCUAUGCCAAGGGAAUAAUAAAUAACCUUCCUCUCUUGCUACAACAGUUGGCUAAGCUAGACACAAACACAUCUGAGAUUUCGAAAUCCAAUGAAAGACUCAGUGAUUUGGGUAUUAGCUACGAUAUGUUGGGGAUAUACGUCAACGGUCAAAAUAUGAGAUUGUCAGAAGUAGACAGAUAUAAUUUGCUUAGUGCCGUUGUGUCAGAGUAUCUUAGACUAAGUCAUUUAGGCGCAGCUUUACAAACGGCUGAUAAAAACUGUACUUUGGCAACCGCAAAGCAACUACUUCAAGAGUUUUCCAGGCUCUCUCUUCCAAAUCUAGAAGAGUUGCAACCAAUAAAGGUGGAUUUGCACAGAAUCCCGGGAUUCUCCGAAAGUGUGAUUUAUUUCAACGAUAUUGAGCAAGAUGGUCAAUACGAUGAACUGGGGACUGAGAUUCAGAAAUUUUUUGGCAAAUCCAAAUUCGGUGAAAUUCCUGAAUAUAGACAGAAUUGGAAUGAGGUUAUCUUUGUCAUUGAUUUUGGCCGCCUAGAUGAUCAAGAAGCAAAAUAUGCUUUAGACGGUUUGAAUCGUGCACUGAAAGCAGUUGCACAAGGUUACCCACAAAGAGUGGGGCUCCUUCCUUUGAAUACGGGCUCCGCUGAAGGUAUAAUUAACGAUAUUUAUCGGUUGAAGGAUAAAGAUCUGAACGAACUUAUGGAAUUUCUUGAGACAAUACCAACCCCAGACUUUAGUUCAAAAAGUUACGAUAAAGCGCCCAAUUAUUCAAGAAUUUUGAACGAACUCCAAAUACAUGAGACAUCCAUUAUAGUCAAUGGAGAAAUUUACCCUUUUAAGAAAAACAGCUGGCACUAUCUUAUCGCCAAGGUCAUGAAGAAAGACAAAGCUUUUCUGAAGAAAGAGUUACUGAAAUUUGGUAGUAAAAAGGAGCUGACCGAUAUUGACGUGAGAGGGUUGCUACAUCUGAGAUCUUCAAACACUCGUCAUGGAAAGUACGCACCAGACUAUUUUGUUGAUUCAUCUUAUACGUCUUUGGAUAAUUCCGUUUUGCAAUUAUUUGGAGGCCGUGUUUUGGAGUACACUAAAGGGAAAGACUAUCUGGCAUUACACACAGUCACACUUUUUGAUGAUUUUAGCUGUUCACAAGCGUUAGAGAGAUAUAAACAUAUUCUCGAAACGUCAUUUGUCGGAGUUAGAGUUAGAAUUAUUCACAGAGGCUCAUUGAAAGAUCACACUUGGAAUAAGUUGAAAAUUAUUUUGUCCAACGAACUUGAUAUGGCGCAAAUUGAUUCUCUUAUUAAGACAUCUAAAACAAGUUACUCCGUUCCGGAAGUGAGCAAAGAUGAUAUCAGCAGAUGGUUGGUGGAUUUCUCAGAUGAAUCUCUCUCGGAUGGUGCCUUCCUGGUGGUCAAUGGACGAUUCAUAAUCCUGGAUAACGAAGAAGUUCCUUCAAAAAACCAGUUUGAAGCUAUAAUAAAGAGAGAGGCGAAGAGAACAUUGGACACUUUAAAAGCGCUAGAGAUUGUGUGUCCAUCGACCCUGGAAGGUGAGAUAAGUCCGGAUUUUACUGAGAUGGUAUCAGCCACUUUGACCAAGCUAUUUUAUCAUGGAGCGCAACUUUACAACAAUGGGAUUGAUUAUACUCCCGAAGGGUUUUUGCCGCGAAUCAAUGUCAACUUGGAGUUUAACAAUUUCACGGUAUUCGAGAGUCAUAGCGAUGAAAAGCCAGUAGAUGUCAGUCUGUUCUUGGAUCCAACAGAGGAAAGGUCUCAAACACUGCUAUCCUUAGUGACUUUCUUGGAGCCUAUACCAUUUGUCAACUUGCGUAUUGUGCUACUCCCAACCGAAGAUCUCAAGAUUACACCGGUCAACCGAAUCUAUCUGGAUGAUUCGAGUGAUGUCGUCAUCGAAGAAGAAUCAAAGAAAGAAUACCAAGUGGAGCUUGAUGUUCCCUCCGACUUUUACGUAACCAAUACUUCUCAAUUGGAUGGUGUAAUCGUUGAAGUUCACGCCUUUAAAAAAGGUGAGCUGAUCAGCGAGUCCAAGAUUGAUGGUGUUGGAGGUGUGUGCUUGGAACUUGUUGACCCACAAAACAACGUUGUAGCAAAUUGCAUCACCAUGACGACCUUUGGUUAUGGCCAAUUGAGAGCAAAAUCUCUAGGAACAGGUUUUUCGAUCAGGAGUUGCGAUCCAAGGUUCAGAGUCACUUCCUUUGCAUCCAACGGUCGCUCAGAUUACGUUAGAUCGACUACUUUUCCACUUUUAAGCUUGAACAAGGCCAAGGUGCAUGUAGAAGUAGAAGAAAUUUCAGGUGCAAAAAUGGUAGUGGAUUCAGACAGCGACGAAAUGCACAUUUUCACGAUCCUCAAGGAUAAUGGGGAAGAUGAAGAAAAGACUCAGAAAAUGAUCAUAUCAGUUCUCCUUAAUGCAAAGAACAGGAAAGUCAAGUUUUGGAUCCUUGAUCAAGCAUUCCUAACAAAAUCUUUCAAAGAGUUCUGCCAAAGAAUUACUCAAAGUACAGAUUUUGAAGGGUCAGUGGAAUUUAUCAAGUACAAAUGGCCAUUGUGGCUAAGGCCUCAACGAUUCAGCGAUCGCAGAAUGGAUUUGUACAAAGUUUUGUUUGUUGAUGUAAUUUUCCCACAAAAUGUUUCCCAAAUUCUAUACAUGGAACCAGAUUCCUCUCCCAUUGAUCCGACCGAACUAUAUGAUGAGGAGGUAAGCCUUCCCUUUUCGUUGCUCGAAGCUUCUGGACCAGGCUACUGGGAUUCCGGAUACUGGGCCAAGACCCUCCAGGAGAGAAGGGCUAAGUUUCACACAACUGAUCCAGCCUUCCUAAUCAACUUACAAAAUCUGCGCAAGCUUGAAAUGGGUGACAAGUUACGUAUACACUAUCAACGACUCUCUGCGGAUAGAAACUCGCUGAUCAAUGCUGCGCAAGACUUACUAAACGAUCUACAGGUGGAAGUGCCCAUCAACACGCUUUCUCCACUCACAAAAUCUCGUUUGAAAGUCGAUGAUGAAGAAGUAGCUUUGUGGCUUGAUGGAGGCAGCUUCGAGGAAGAAUUGAACGAAGAAUUGGCUGCUGAAGAGUUAAGAGGCGAUUUGAUUCACGAUGAGCUUUAA